GACCGGUUGCCCCUACAAGGAGCGCCCGGUGGGGGCGGACGGGCACUUGGGCCCCGGCGCACCAGUCCUGCUCGCACAGCCGUCCGCAGCAGCCGAGCGUUCUGACGCCUGCCUCGUGAGCCACCGAAACAGCCACCAUGUCCAAGCGCGGAAAGAGUGACUCCACCAAGAGGCGCGCCCAGCGGGCCACUUCCAACGUGUUCGCCAUGUUCGAACAGAACCAGAUCGCCGAGUUCAAAGAGGCAUUCCAGAUGAUCGACUCCAACAAGGACGGCUUCGUCGACAAGAACGACUUGCGAGCAACCUGGGACUCACUCGGCAGGAUCAUCCCCGAGAAGGAUCUGGACGGCAUGAUCGCCGAGGCCACGGGCCCCAUCAACUUCACCAUGUUCCUCACCAUCUUCGGCGAGCGUGUCUCGGGGACCGAUCCGGAAGACGUCAUAAGGAACGCCUUCAAGACAUUCGACAAAUCUGGCAGUGGAAAGAUUAGCGAGAAAGAAUUGAAGAAGGCUCUCAUGACUUGGGGAGAAAAGUUUCAGGAAUCUGAGGUGGACGAGGUGCUGAAGGAGGCGCCCAUCGACCGGGACGGCAACAUCGACAUCAACUCGUACGUGAAGAUCAUCUGCGGCGGCACGGACGACGAGGAAUGAGUCGUCGUGCUUUGCGCGCCGUCCCGCCGCUGCUGCUGCUCGGACGCUGCGUCCCGAAGCUCCGGCUGAGGCCGCGUCUCCGCAAGAGCCGAGGAGGCCGCGCGCUCUGCGCUCGCGGCGAUGCUCGCUUCGCACUGCAAUACACGCGGCCGCACCUGAUGCGUGCCGCUUGCCAACCA